AAACUAAAUAAAAAAGUUUGACCUCAUAAAAGCUCAGAUCCUCAUCUUUCCCAAAUGAGUCACAAGCAAACCCUAAUCCAAACCCCAUUCUCUGCAACCAUCAUCUAAACACCCCUUUGUCUCUCUCUCUCUCUUCUCUUUCUCUAACACCACCGCCACCAUGAACUCCACCACCACCACCGCCACCGCCACCUCCUCUCCCUUCUCAUCACCGCCACCACCACCUCCUUCUCACCACUGCAAUUAUCCAUUACCCUCUUUCUCUAAACACCCCUCUGUCUUUCUCUUCCCCCUCUCUAACACUGUAAUUGAUCUUGGGUUUGCUCAAAAUUAACCGCCACUGAAGUCGAAUUAGGGUUUGUUGCUGUGGGUUUCCACACCGGUAGCUCAGCAAGCUCCGACGACAUCCACUUAGGGCACCGAUACUCACCUUUAUAGCUCUUCUUAUACAUCAUCAUGAGAUUCGAAUCGUUAAACGCUAGAAAACCUGCAUUCAUCACGAACAAUCCAUCAACUCGGAUCUGAUCCGUCAACGCACUUAAUCCGAAAGCGGAAACUUUCAGAUCUCCGUUCUCGUCGAUUAACAGAUCAUCCGGUUUCAGAUCUCGAUGAAACACACCUUUCGGAUGACAAUAUCUGACUAUUUGAUUCCGAUUAACAGAUUCUCCGGUUUCAGAUCUCACAAUCGAAAUCUUGUUUCCUAUUUGACAAAUUUAGAACCUGGACAUCAUAACGAGUUUUAUGCAUACAUAAUUUCUCACAAAAUCAUCGAUUGUGGGUACAGGAUUUUGGUGAAUCAGGGGAUCGAUUAUGCUGGUUUUGAAACAGCUUGGGGAAGAUGAUGUACUGGUUGAUUUGUUAAGUUUUAGAGAGUUUUAUUAUUUUUAAUUAAUAAUCAGUUAUAAUAAAACGAAAAUGACAAAAUUACCCCUGUGGAAAAGGACAAAAGUUGAGGGUUUAAUUAGAGGAAUCUGGCAUGAUUUCACUUUUGGACCAAAAUGACAACAAAAAUGAAACCACAGGGACCCAGAUACAAAAACUUUGAGAUUUAAAAUGGCAAAACUGACCAAACCAGAGGAUCCAAAAUGGCGGUUUACUCUUAAGAUUAUUUAAAACCUAAAAGAUAUAUAAGUUGGGCCGGCUCAAAGGAAAGCUGCUUUGUGCUACUGAAGGAGGCUAAUAACUUCGUUAAAUCGCAACUGGUUUGUCUUCGUCGUCUUCUUCAAAUCGCAGGAACUUGAAACAGGGUGAUCGAGCAAUGGUGAAGGGAACAGUGACGUCUUUAUCUUCAAUUUUCGCACCGGAUGACGCCCUAAAGGCCUCCGUACAUGUUCAAGAAGUUAUAUCCCAACGUCAGAAAGAGGUUCAACAGUUGCAGGCCUUCCUUAAUGAUAACACCAGUCUUGUUAAUCUUCUUAAGAAGCUUCCAGAUCAACUCCACCACGAUAUAAUGGUUCCUUUUGGGAAGGCGGCCUUCUUUCCUGGCAAAUUGAUACAUACCAAUGAAUUCAUGGUUCUAUUGGGAGAAGGUUACUACGCUGAAAGAACGUCCAAACAAACAGUUGAGAUUCUGAAAAGAAGAGGAAAGGGUUUAGACUCACAGAUUGAAUCGCUUAAUGCUGUAAUAAAGGAUCUCAAGUUUGAGACCUCCUUCUUUGAUGAAACAGCUACUGAGGCUGCUGAGGGUAUUGUAGAAAUCAGAGAAGACUAUGUUGAGGAAGCUUUUGAUGAAGAUAAGGCCACAACAUCAGGCCAAGAUGAUUUUGCAAGUAUUUUAUCCCGGAUUGACCAACUUGAAAAGGAAGAACUUGAAUCUGAACUUGCUGAAGAAGGUGAAGAGAAAGACGAGGCUGAUAUUGAACCUGAGUUUAGAAAUUUAGAGAUCAAAGAGUCGCUAGAUAUUCCUGUAUACAGAGAUUCACAUAUUAAAGUCCCAACGCCCAGUGGAUCAAACACUCCGAUGAGGCCUGUAGACCAUAACAUAUCGAAGGAGGGUUUGUCCCGCGCACCUAUGUCAAGGGAUGAAGUAGAGGUUUCUACCUUAGCAUCAACAUCAAGCUCGAGCAAUGUCAGUAGCAAAACAAGGGUUGCUGCAUCAAGCUCGAGCAAUGCCAGUAGCAAAACAAGUGUUGCUGCAUCAGGCUCGAGCAAUGCCAGUAGCAAAACAAGUGUCGCUGCAUCGAUGUCAAAGGAGGUAUCCAAUUUUGGUUCGCGCUCAAGCAAUGAUAAGGCGUUUACAGGUUCUAUAGUGGAACGCACCCAUAACAUCGAGAACAGUCAAAAGGGUCAAACAUCUGCACCUGCAUCUAAACCCGUAUCUAGAUUCAAGCUGCAAAGAAAAUAGCUAUACAAUGGUUUUACAGAACUAGAUGCACUCACUUUUUGAUAGCAUUCGGCCCACUUGAUCUAUUAGACCUUUGUGGUUAAAUAUGUUUAUCUUCGCUUGUUUCAUCUGCUAUAAAGUCAACUCAAAUUGACCCAUUUGGGUCAAAAUGCCACCCAAUUUAAGAAAAAUCUAUUUUUCACCUGUCUAUUAUAUAUGAAAAACCUAGGGACUAUGCCACAUCUUUUAAGGUUUUUUUUUU